GACGGUCCAUGUCACGACAGGACAAGAAGCUGCUCGAUCAAGGCAUCAAGCUCUUCGAGGGUCCUGGUGCAGACGAGAAGCCACGCCAGCUGUCCUUGAGCCACGAGGCGGCGCAGGUUGGGGGCAGCGACGCCGGCGCGACUGCAACAGCAACAGAAGCAGAAGCGCCAAUGUCAUCGUCGUCGUCAGUGGCGCUGGCGUCUGGCCGGGACAAGUGGGCCGCUGCGGAGGAACUGAGGAGGAAGGAGAAGAAGAGUAAGAAGAAGAAGAAAAAGGCAAAGAAGCACAAGGCAGAGCACGAUUACGACUCAUCUUCCUCACACAAGAAGAGAAAGAGGAAGAAGGACAAGAAGAAGAAGGACAAGCGAGACAAGAAGGGUGGGACAGACAGGACAGACAGGACCGACAGGAAGGAGCGCUCCUCCCGCUCCCCAGCCAAGUCGUACAGUCGCGAUCACGCACCUCCAUCGCCUCGCAGUGCCCGCCGCCAACGCCACGACAGCAACAGUGAUGGCAGCGACAAUGAUGCCCGCAACGCCGGCAGUACCCACGACCGUCACGCUCGACAUGAUCGUGAUCGCGAUGAUGAUCGUGAUCGAUACGAUGACAGGCGUGUGCGUCGGGGCAGCCGGAGUGCGAGUGGCGAGAGGAGUGAGCGUGGCCGCGGCAGGUCACACAGGCGGAGCACAGACGGUGCAUACGACCGCAGGCGCAGAGAUGAACAAGAUCGUGAUCGCGAUCGCUAUGAUGCUGAUCGGAGGGCAGAAGAGCGGUCGACACGCCACCGCCACCACCGUGGACGUUCGCGUUCCCGUUCACGUUCACCCGUGAGGCGGAGGAGCCGCGAUGACCGCUGAUGACGGUGAUGUGGUGGUGGUGGUGGUGGUGGUGACGUGCUGUCGUGUUUGUUGUGGUUGCUGCUACUGUUGAUUGGUUUGCUUUUGUUUGGUUGUCUCACCUCCCUUUGCUUGCUGGUGUGCGUGUGUGUGUGCAUAAUGAUCGAUAAUACACGUAACAUACAUCAG